GGGCCCGGCAGCCACACGCACGGCGCGGCGCCCGCGCCCGCCAGCAAGGACCUCAAGUUCGGCAUCGAUCGCAUCCUCUCGGCCGAGUUCGACCCCAAAGUCAAGGAGGGCAACACGCUGAGAGAUCUGACCUCCUUAUUAACUGCCGGCCGCCCAAGCGGGGUUCAUCUCCCCAGCUUGCAGCCCUCCGCCAGCCAGUUCUUCGCGUCUCUAGAGCCCAUUAACGAGGCCUCUGCUAUCCUGGCUCCCUUAAACACAACCCCCAGGAGCUCAGUGCAGCACCAGUUUCAAGACACUUUUCCAGGUCCGUACGCGGUUUUAACCAAGGACACGCUGCCUCAGACGUACAAGAGGAAACGCUCCUGGUCCAGGGCAGUUUUCUCCAACCUGCAGAGGAAAGGCUUAGAAAAGCGGUUCGAAAUCCAGAAAUAUGUCACCAAACCGGACAGAAAGCAACUCGCGGCAAUGCUGGGGCUCACAGAUGCUCAAGUGAAGGUUUGGUUCCAGAACCGGCGCAUGAAGUGGCGGCACUCCAAGGAGGCGCAGGCCCAGAAGGACAAGGACAAGGAGGCGGCGGCCGAGCGGGCCGGAGCGCCGCCCGUGGCCCCGGGAGAGCCCGAGCGCAGCCCCAGCCGCUCCGAGGGCGACAGCGACAGCAGCGACGCGGACUCCCUCGACAUGGUGCCCAGCGACACGGAAAGGACUGAGGGCGCCGAGCGGAGCCAGCCCCAGAGCGGCCCCGGCCUCGCGGAGCCGCCGCCGCCCGCCRCCAGCCCCGAGCCACCGCCCGCGCUAUAG